UGUUGUAGGCAGAGUAUUCGUGGUUAAAUAUAAGGAAAACAUUGAUAAUGUUAUGAACAGUACAAAGGACAGAGUUUUAGCAUGUUUGGCAAUGGCAAUGUGCAAGAGUAAAUAAUGGAGGUUGAGCAUGUUCCACAUCGAAGGCUACCAAAACCUAUACAAUUUCGAGCGCCAUUACAAAGUCCUGAAAUCAAUGCACAAUUGAAUGUGACUCCCGAGAAAAAGGAUCGUAAAGAUGUUAAUGAAGUGUGUGAAGCAAGGAAAAAGACUAGUUUUUCAAAGUCUGUUGAAACAAUAGAAAGCUGUUGCAGCCAACCUGUGAUGAAUUCAACUUCAAUGGUGACUAAGAAAAUAGCAAAUUUGAACAGGGCAAAGUUCGAUGCAACCUCCGCCAUUAAAGAAGAGCUGACAAAAUCUGAGAAGCUUCGAAUAGAUAUCGCAGAAAAGGCCUCAGAGGCUUUGAAUUAUACACCGCACGGGUCGAACUAUCCUGACCUCGUGUCGUUGGACGUAUCCGCAAGCAAUUUAGCUUUGCAGCAAAGAAGAAUAUUUAAAACAAAGAAAAAAAUGUCAGAAAAUGUCGAGCAGCCGGAUAUUAUGGACUUCUUCUCCGAUGACCUUGAGUACGAGAGCGCUUGUCUCGCAUGUGAUAGCGAAUCUGAUAGUUCACUUGCUGAGAUGGACACGCAAGCGGAUGAAGAUGUAUUUAGGUUACAUCGUCUGAUUGAUUGUUGGAGAUGUUAAGACAUCAUGAGUGUAGGCAAAGAAUUUUUAUUGUAAAUUAAUCAAUUAUUCACUCCA